AUGAGUAUCCCCACACGCGAAUUUGGCAAAACCGGUGAAAAGGUCAGCUCCAUCGGUUACGGCGGCAUGGGCCUCGCAGCCUUCUACGGAGAACCUGCCCCACAAUCCACGGUAGAUGCCAUCUUGGACAAAUGUCUUGCUAACGGUGUCACCUUUUGGGACACCGCCGAUAUGUACUCGCCUGUCAAGUCGCGUAGGCUGGGAUACAACGAAGAACAAUUCGGUGCUUACUUCAAGUCGCACCCAGAAGCGCGCAGCAAGGUGUUCCUUGCUACCAAAUUUGUCAACCGUGUCAAGGAGAAUGGCGAGAGAUUCCUGGACGGCUCUCCCGAGUGGUGCCACCAGGCAUGCAACGACUCGCUGCGUCGAUUGGGCGUGGACCAGAUCGACCUGUACUACGCUCAUCGUUCUGAUCCCAACGUCAAUGUCACUGAAACCGUAAGGGCAAUGAAGGAGCUCAAGGAUCAAGGAAAAAUUCGUUACAUCGGCGUGUCCGAAUACAACCUCGAACAGCUCGAGGCUGCAAACAAGGUGGCUCAUAUCGACGCGAUUCAGAUCGAGAUUUCGCCUCUGACUCCCGAAGCUUUGACCAACGGUAUCCUGGCUUGGGCCGAGAAAAACGGCACAGCACUCGUCGCCUAUUCGCCACUCGGCCGAGGCUUUAUGACGGGGCAGUACAAAUCGGUUGAAGACUUUGAUGAGGACGACUACCGCCGCUUCAGCCCUCGUUUCCAAGGCGAAAACUUCCAGAAGAACCUCGAGCUUGUCAGCAAAAUCAAGAAGAUCGCCGACAAAAAGAGCGCUACCGCCGGCCAAAUUGCUCUUGCCUGGGUGCUGCAAAAGUCGCCCAUCAUCAUCCCGAUUCCCGGCACCAAGAAGGAAAAGUAUCUCGACGAAAACAUCAACUCUGUCCAUGUCAAGCUUUCCGAUGCUGACGUGGCCGAGAUCGAUGACGUUAUCAACAGCUUCGAGGUCUCUGGCACAAGGUACGCUCCCGAGUCGAUGAAGGUGUGUGCAUUCUAA